CGCAGAUACAGAGAACAUCCUGUUUCUGUGUGUCACGAUGCCUACUCGACUGCUUUUGCUUCUCUGUCUGACAGCACAUGUGUUUGCCAGAGAACCACCUGAAGUAGACUGUUUGGUGGUGCAUCGGAAAUAUGUUCACUGUUCCUGGAAUAUGCAGGGGACUCCAGAAGUCAAUUACACCUUCUACAGCCGGUUUGAACCUGACAAAGAAUUCAGUGUGUGCUCCAACUAUCUGCGAGAGAACAAUACAAACACUGGAUGUAAACAGCCCUACCAGAAAGGACAGAGGUUCAACUCAUUUAACACCAAACUGGUACAUGGCAAACAGAUUUCUCAGAAGGUGCUUGAACUCAAAACAAAAGUCAAGUUAAAUCCACCAACUAACGUGACUGUCCAGAGACGAUCCGACUCCAACUUGUGGGUCAACUGGUCCCAGGAUUAUGUUGCUUGUGUGGAGAGUGAGGUUCGCUACAGGGUCAACAACAGGAAGUGGGAGAAUAAUCAAGUCUCUACUGCGGUGCAGGAGUACUGCGUCAACUUGCCCUCCAGCAGUUCCCUAUAUGAGCUGCAAGUGAGGAGCAGAAUAGCGUUGUCCUGUGGAGAGUCUAUCUUCUGGAGUGACUGGAGUCAGCCUGUGGUCUGGGGAUCCAACAACAGCACAGACGCCAAUCGAAUGAACAAGUUGAUGCCUGUGUGGACCCCAGUGCUGUACGUGGUGGGCGCUUUCAUCCUCAUCCUACUGGUCAUGAUGUUGCUGCACCAUGAAAGAAUCAGAAUCAUCUUCAUCCCUGUGGUUCCCAAGCCAUCCUCGGACCUUGAAAACGUCGAGGAUUGGUUUCAACUCCCCAAAGGCCUGAAAGAGAGUUUUAACUACAACGAGCAUCCCUGUCUUGUCCGUGAGUACUGCCAUGUCUCCCAGUCCGACAGCGAGGCCUGCUCUGUCUUCGUGCCUGGGAACGAAUCGGACCUGUCCACCUCCUGCUCCUCUUCCACCUCCACAGUCUCAACUGAGGAGGAGAUGGUUUCUGUUUAGGAGGCAUCUCAGGCAAAGAAUUACAAUGCAGAUCUCCUGCAUGACUGCAAAGAUCAGAAAGGUUGUGUUCCCCUUAUGAGAAGAAACCAGAUAUCUGUUUGAGGAACUUAAGCAAUUGAUUAAAUUUAAGCUAUUAAU